AUGGAGUUCCAAAUCAUCUUCAUCAUGCUGUGCGGCUUGGCCUUCCUCGCCGGAGCACCAUUGAACAGCUACGUCCUCUUCAUCGCCAGCUCCCGUGUGGAAAGGACGGCCAGCGCCCUGUUGUUCCUGAACCGGGCUCUGUCCGAUUUAAUCUUCAACUUCUGCCUUCCCCUCAGAAUCGUCUUCAUCUACUUCCUGCACGUUGACUGGGCCAGGAGGCUGAGCAGCACCAUCACCUCCCUGCACAUGUUCUCCAGCGCCUUCCUCCUCACGGCCAUCAGCGUCCAUCGCUGCAUCCUUGCAGCACGGCCUGAGUGGGCCCAAAAAGGCCUCACGGCCUCCCUGGCUUUCUGGGUGGGUCUGCUUAUAUGGGCUCUGUCUGCUGGGUUCAGCUUGCGGUAUGGUGACCUCUGCGAAGCCCUCAUUCCAUCUACCAACACUAGCAGGAAUUUCCGAGUGUCUCCAAAGAAGAUAAAGACCGCUGUCGCUAUCCAGUUCCUGGUUGGAUUUCUGAUCCCAUUAGCCUUGAGCCUGAUCCCAACCUUUGGCAUUGUUCUAGCUGCGAGGCAGGGAAGGAACCGGCUGAUCCAGGCCACCCAGCCUCUCAAGAUCCUUCUCGGCUUGAUCCCAACCUUUUUCUUCUGCUGGCUGCCAUAUCACGUCUUCUACUUCCUGCAGCUCUCAGCUACGUACCCUCCGCAUAGUCUGGAAAGAGGAAGCGCAUUUGCUUCAGUCCUUACAUAUAACAACAGCUGCCUCAACCCCAUCUUCUACCUCACCAUGGAGGAAGAGUUUCUGAGGUACCAGCAACGUGCUCGCAACCCCAACACCACCGAUCAUUUGCUGUUGGAACUGGCCGACUAG